AUGCAUUCUGAGAUGGUCACUCUUCAAACCAUGGAUAGCAUAUUCUAUGAGCUGCAGAUGCAAGGAAGAAUUUCCUUCUACCUCACUACAUCAGGAAAAGAGGCUGUUAACAUUGCAUCAGCAGCUGCGCUUUCUUCUGAUGAUGUUAUCUUGCCUCAGGUUUGCUUCUUCCCUAAGGCAUUGAAAUUCCCUCGUGAUUCUUUUCAAAUUCAAUUCCGUUUUUUAUUUCGCUAUAUCACAUUUUCUGCUAGUACCGAGACACUCUACAACAAUUCGCUCAUCAAUGCUUCGGAAACACAAAUGAUUUUAGUAAAGGAAGACAAAUGCCGAUACACUACGGCUCUAACAAACACAAUUACUUCACAGUCUCGUCGUCUAUUGCGACACAACUUCCUCAAGCUGUAG